AUGAUCUCCGAGCCGUGGAGCUCGUGGCUCGCGAGCCACCUCGCGCGAGAGAACUUCGCCCCGCCGGGGGGCCGAGCCGUGCUCCGUGGGGGGCAGCUUGCACCGGCCGCCCCGGCAGAGCCCGCGGCGCUGGCCGCGCGCUUGAGCGUGGCAGCUGCAGGUCGGAUGCUGCCAGACUUGAGGAAGGGGGCGCCGUGCGCACUGCGGCCACCAGGCCCAGAGCGUGCCUGCGCCCGUGCUCUUCGGGAUCCCGGUGUCCCCUGCGAUCCGGGCAUCCAGUACUGCACUCUGCGGCGCCAGGCCGAGGCUGGCGUGGCCGCCCCCGCGGCGCUGGCCCCCGUGCGCGGCGCGGCCCGGCCCGCGGCGGGCGCGGCGGCGGGCGCGGCGGCGGCGCUGGCCCUGCAGGGCGUGGUGUUCUGCAUGACCGGCGAGCUGGAGGGGAUGGGCCGCAGGGACGCAGAGGAGCAGAUCAAGGCAGCGGGCGGCAAAGUGGGUGCCUCCGUGUCUCCCAGCACGACCUAUCUGGUCGUUGGCGCUCGGCUGGAGGGCGGCAGACCCGUCGAGGAGGCGGCCAAGUAUCGAAGGUACUUGGAGCUGAAGAGCAAGGGCAGGAAGCACCCCGAGCUGCUGAGCGAAACUGCGUUCCUGGCGAUGCUGCCCGCAGCUGCCGCUCACUCGGCUGCAGCACGGUCGACGGCGUCUGCUCCCACUAUCUCGGACUCUGGGGACCUCGAAGCCGGCCGCGGGCUUCUCGAGCACCCCCCGGGCUACGGAGUCGGCAGGCGCCCGAUAUGCUCUGCCGCGUGGGUGGACUCCCAUGCGCCGCGCCAGCUGGGCGACCUGGUCGGGAACGCGGCGCAGGUGCGGAAGCUGGCCGAGUGGCUGCGGGACUGGGACGACGUGGUGCUGCGCGGGAAGGCCAAGAAGGCGACGUUCCGGCCCGGAGCGGGGGCUCCGGACAAUGUCGGCGCGCGCGCCGCGCUGGUGAGCGGGCCGCCCGGGAUCGGCAAGACGACCACGGCGCGCCUGGUGGCGCAGCUGCACGGCGGCUACGACGUGUUGGAGUACAACGCGUCCGACGCACGGGGUCAGAAGGUCAUCCAAGACAUGGCCGAAGGCAUCGCGGACAACACCACCAUCUCUCUCGGCGGCUCCGCUGGCUCGAGGCUCAAGACGCCGCGGCUGACCCAGCGAGCCUGCAUCAUCAUGGACGAGGUGGACGGCAUGGGAGGUGGCCAGGGGCAACGCUAGGAAGGGACAGGCUCAGAGGAUGAUCAAGAAGACGCGCAACCCCAUCAUCUGCAUCUGCAACGAUGCGCAGAGCCAAAAGGUCCGAAGCCUGGCGUUCGGCUGCUACGACGUGCGCUUCACCCGGCCGCCGAAAGGCGCCGUGGCUCAGCGGUGCGCCGAGAUCGCCAGGCGCGAGGGCCUGCACGCAGAGCCGAACGCGCUGGAGGAGC